AUGGUUGGAAGAAGGUUAUGCUCUCAAAGGAGAAUUCUGCUUUGCUUUCUGCUGGCCACUGCCUGGGAGAGCGCUUCUGGGCAAAUCUAUUAUUCAAUUCCUGAGGAAAUGGCGAAAGGGUCUUUCAUUGGAGAUAUUGCAAAGGAUUUUGGCUUGGAUAUAAAGGACUUGUCGAGUGGUGAAGUCCAGAUGAUUUCCAGAGGUAUGAAGCAAUAUUUUGCACUUGAUUUAAGGAAUGGCCUUUUGCUGGUCAAUGAAGUAAUAGACAGGGAGGAGAUUUGCCACCAGAUGGAGAAAUGUCUGUUAAAUGUUGAGAUUCUUGUCAAGGAUAAGGUGAAGUUUUUUAUGAUUACAGUUGAAAUAGCAGAUAUUAAUGACAAUUCACCCACCUUCCCUAUAGAAGAGCUGGAAUUAAAAAUUGCUGAAAACUCGGGUCUUCGGACGCGAUUUCUUUUACCAGAGGCUCAGGAUCCAGACCUGGGGACCAAUUCUCUCCAGAGCUAUGAACUCAGUAGUAACAAACACUUUUCUCUGGAUGUGCAGCCUGGAGUUGAUGGAGUCAAAUAUGCGGAACUGGUCCUUGAACAGUUGCUAGAUCGCGAGGAAAAGAAGAUGCAUCAGCUGUUUCUCACUGCUGCUGACAAAGGACAACCACCAAGGUCUGGAACGGUGCGAAUCUGUGUUACUGUCACAGAUGUGAACGACAAUGCUCCUAUUUUUAGUAGGUCUCUUUAUGAAGUAAAUAUUGUUGAAAACAUCCUUAAAGGGUCUCACGUGCUAAUGCUGAAUGCAAGUGACCUCGAUGAGGGAGUAAAUUCAAAUAUAAUGUAUUCAUUCAGAAAAAUUUCAGAGAAAGCUUCUAAAGCAUUCCACCUAGAUCCCACCACAGGACAAAUAUUAGUCACUGGGAAUAUUGACUUUGAAGAUUCUAAAUCACAUGAAAUGGAAGUGCAGGCUCAAGACGGGGCUGGAUUGUCGACUCGUGCCAGAGUGGUUAUCCAAAUCCUGGAUGCAAAUGAUAACCCACCAGAGAUCACUGUGACUUCCCUUUUCAGCAAGAUUCUGGAGAACUCUCCUCCGGGAAGUGCCAUAGGCCUUAUACAUAUAAAUGACAGAGACAGUGGGGAAAAUGGGGAGGUCACAUGCUCCAUUCCGACCAGUCUUCCCUUCCUGUUGAAGAAGUCAUUUGAAAGUUACUACAGCUUGGAAAUCGCGAGUCUCCUUGACAGGGAGAAGGUCUCAGAGUACAACAUCACGAUCAUAGCCAGUGACCGAGGGGUCCCUUCUCUCUCAGCAACAGCGUACUUCCCACUGGAAAUAUUAGACGAAAAUGAUAACCCACCCACCUUCAGAACUCCGAGUUUCAUUUUUUACACAGAGGAAAAUAAUGACCGAGGUGAUUUCAUUACAGCCUUGAAAGCACAUGACCCAGAUUGUGGGGAAAAUGGGAGAAUAGCUUAUUCCAUAAUGGAAAGAGAAAUUGUUGCAGCAAGACAAUCCUUCCUUUCUUCCUAUAUUUCUAUUAACUCAGAGACUGGAGCUAUCUAUACCCUACAAACUUUUGAUUAUGAAGACUUUCAGGAGAUUAACUUCCAGGUGAAGGCCCAGGACGGGGGCUCCCCACCCCUCAGCUCCAACGUCUCCGUGACCCUCUUCAUCCUGGACCAGAACGACAAUGCCCCGGAGAUCCUGUACCCCUCCCCUCCCACCGACGGCUCCACCGGCCUCGAGCCGGCCCCCCGCUCCUCUGAGCCGGGCUACCUGGUCACGAAGGUGGUGGCCGUGGACGCGGAUUCUGGCCAGAACGCCUGGCUCUCGUAUCAGCUGGCCAAGGCCACUGAGCCAGGGCUCUUCACUGUGGGCCUGCACACCGGAGAGGUCCGGACAGCACGGAUACUAUUAAAAAAAACCUCUGUUAAACAGUACAAAGCUUAUUUCUCAGAAUGCAUGUCUCGGAACAUGGGAAUGAAAGCAAGCACUCCAAGCCUCCAGCAAUGCAGUGGCUCCUUCUGGCUUUCUUUGAUUGCAGUUUGGCAGUUAAAUUAUGGUCAAGUCCACUACUCAAUUCCCGAGGAACUGCAGAAAGGCUCUUAUGUGGGGAACAUUGCAGAGGACCUGGGGCUGGGAUCCAGCAAGUUCUCAGACAGCAGAGUGCGCAUCAUUUCUGAAGGUAUGCUUCAAUAUUUUACCUUGAAUUUUAAGAAUGGCCAUUUGUAUGUCUCUGAAAGAAUAGACAGAGAUGAAAUGUGCGGGUGGGAAAAGAAGUGUGUGUUGAAUCUGGAGCUCCUCGAUGAGGACAGAGUGAAGCUGUUCACGAUUGAAAUUGAAAUCACAGAUAUAAAUGAUCAUGCUCCGACUUUCACACCGGCAUACCUAGAGCUAAAGAUAAGCGAAACAGCAGCCACUGGGACUCAUUUCCCGUUGCAAGAAGCUCAGGAUUCUGACAGUGGAGAUUUUUCCCUGCUGAACUAUCAUCUGAGUAGCAGCAAGCAUUUCUCCUUGAAGCUACAGAGGACAUCUGAUCGGGACAAAUACCCAGAACUUGUGCUAGAGCAAUCCUUAGACAGGGAGGAAGAAGCUGUCCACUUUCUGCUCCUCACAGCCACCGAUGGAGGACAGCCGGCAAAAUCCGGUACUCUGCAGAUCCGCAUAAACAUUCUGGAUGUAAAUGACAAUGCGCCAGUUUUCAACCAGCCUCUGUAUAAAGUGAGCAUUUUGGAAAGCAUUCCCAUUGGUUCUGUACUGCUUACUGUGAAUGCUACAGAUGCGGAUGAAGAAAUGAAUUCUGAGGUGACUUACUCAUUCCUGAAAAUAAAAGAGAAAGCAUCGCAACACUUCCAAAUAAAUUCUAAAAGUGGGGAAAUAUCAACCAAACGAAACCUGGACUAUGAGGAAAAUGCAUUAUAUGAGAUAGAAGUUCAAGCAAAAGACAGUGGAGGUCUUUCCGACAGGGCUAAAGUAUUGAUACAGCUUAUUGAUGUUAAUGACAAUGCUCCUAAGAUAACUGUCACCACAAUUUUUAACUCUAUCCGUGAAGGAAGCUCACCAGGAACCGUAGUUGCUCUACUGAACAUACAAGACAAAGAUAUAGGUGAGAAUGGGGAGGUGAUAUGUUCAGUUCCUGCAAAUCUUCCAUUCCAUUUAAAGAAAUCAUUUGAUAACUAUUACCAUUUGAUGACCGACAGAACCCUCGACAGGGAAGAAAUAUCAAAAUAUGAUAUAACCAUUACUGCUACAGACAAAGGGAAUCCUCCAUUAUCAGCCACUGCAAUUAUCUUUUUAGAAAUUUCUGAUGUAAAUGAUAAUGCCCCAGUGUUUGGCAAAACGCAGUAUACUUCUUAUAUUUCUGAAAAUAAUCCCCGAGGUGAGUCUGUUUGCUACAUGCAAGCAAAUGAUCCCGACUUUAUGGAAAAUGCCACAGUCACUUUUUCGAUCAUUGAAGGGAGUAUCAGCAAUUUUGCUCUUUCCUCUUACCUCUCCAUUAACUCUGAGACUGGAGUUAUUUAUGCACUGCAGUCCUUUGAUUACGAAAGGUUCAAGGAGAUCAGCUUCCAGGUGAAGGCCCAGGACGGGGGCUCCCCACCACUCAGCUCCAACGUCUCCGUGACCCUCUUCAUCCUGGACCAGAACGACAAUGCCCCGGAGAUCCUGUACCCCUCCCCUCCCACCGAUGGCUCCACCGGCCUCGAACUGGCCCCCCGUUCCUCCGAGCCGGGCUACCUGGUAAUGAAGGUGGUGGCUGUGGAUGCGGAUUCUGGCCAGAAUGCCUGGCUCUCAUACCAGCUGGCCAAGGCCACAGAGCCGGGUCUCUUUGCCAUGGGCCUGCACACUGGAGAGGUCCAAACAGUCCGCCACUUCCUGGAGAAGGAUGCCCUGAGGCAGAUCCUGGUGGUCUUGGUGAAGGACAACGGGCAGCCUCCCCUCUCUGCCUCCAUCACAGUCACCAUCGUACUGGCCGACAGCAUCCCUGAAGUUCUCUCAGAUAUAAGCAACAUAGCUGCUCCUGUGGAUUCCCAGUCCGGCCUCACCUUCUACCUGGCAAUUGCAGUGACUUUUGUCUCCUGCUUGUUCUUCGCCUUCCUCCUCAUGCUACUGGCACUCAGGCUUCGCAGCUGGAGAAAUUCUCAGCUGUGUGACAAUGGAAGUGUGCAUUUUAAUGGUACUCCAGUUUCACAGUUUGUGGGCAUUGAUGGCGUUCGAGCGUUCCUUCAGUCUUAUUGUCAGGAGGUGUCAUUGACUUCAGGUUCCCGGAAAAGCCAAGUUUUGUUUCCAGUUGGAAGCUGUACCAAUACUCUGACGCCACAGCAGGGGCCUGAUAAUCUGGGCCCCUUACUCAUAGCCAGUGAGCCUGGCACCACCAUGGAGGGGGCGACUGGCUUCCAGGUGAGCAGUGGCAUUUCAAUGCUUCUGUUUUGUUCUCCCAUCAGUGAAGUCUGUGUUUCAUUUGUGUUGAUUUGA